UAUCGGACACGCUGAAUCGGGUGUCAACGCGUCUGUUCUGCGGUGGAAGCUCUGCUUGCCCAUCACACUGUAGCCUCAGCAGGAGCAGCAGCUCCUCCGUUUCCCGACGCCUUCCCUUGUUACUCUUCCCCGAUCUCCCUCCGGAAAACCAAGGGUAGGUUGAAAUCAGGGUCAUGGUGAAAGACACCGAGUACUAUGAUAUACUGGGCGUCAGUGUUGAUGCAUCUUCUGCUGAGAUAAAGAAGGCUUAUUACUUAAAGGCACGGGUGGUGCACCCAGAUAAGAAUCUUGGAGAUCCACAAGCUGCUCGUAACUUCCAGGUACUUGGCGAGGCUUAUCAAGUCUUGAGUGAUCCUGCAAAACGUGAAGAAUAUGAUAAGCAUGGAAAGGAAGGUGUUCCCCAGGAUUCCAUGAUAGAUCCUGCUACUGUCUUUGGGAUGCUUUUUGGAAGUGACUUCUUUGAAGAUUAUGUUGGACAACUAGCCUUAGCAACCAUAGCUUCCGUAGAUAUUGAAGAAGAAUCACAGGUUCCAGAAAUUCGGAAACAAAGAGUGCAAGAGAAAAUUAAGGCAACUCACAUUCAGCUAGAUUUGCUGUUGGUGUUCCAUUGGGAUUCAACACAACUUGUACAAGCUUUUAUGGCUGGAAGUAUUUUAUUCCCUUCUCUUUCUCUGCUUUCUAAUGAGUUACAGAAAGAAAGGGAACAGAAACUAGUCGAAAUUCUGAAAGAUCACCUGCAUCUAUAUGUUUCUGGGCAAAUUGAAGAGUUUGUAAAUUGGGCAAACACUGAAGCUAGUCGUCUAUCUCAAGCUGCUUUUGGGGAGGCUAUGCUCCACACUAUUGGGUAUAUAUAUGCCAGACAAGCUGCACGAGAGAUCGGAAAGAGCAAGAGAUACAUGGGCAUGCCAUUUAUAGCUGAGUGGGUGCGCAAUAAGGGUCACCACAUAAAAUCACAAGUUAAUGCAGCAUCAGGUGCAGUCGCAUUGAUACAGCUUCAGGGAGGGAUGCAAAAGCUUGAAGUGGGUGGAGAUGAGGACAUCAUGAAGCACUUUGAAGAGAAAAAGGAUGCAAUGCUCAACUCUUUGUGGAAGAUAAAUGUGCUCGACAUAGAAUCAACCCUCUUACAUGUUUGCCAAGCAGUUCUGAGAGAUAAUAGUGUUUCCAAGGAUGUGUUGAAGUUACGUGCAAAAGCAUUGAAGAAGUUGGGAACAAUUUUUCAAGGUGCUAAAGCGAUUUAUAGAAGAGAGAACAGUCUUCGUGUGGAGAAUGGCACCAGAGCCGUGCCAUGAGUAGUAGUAGCCUUGUAUCAUAUUUCCCACGUUGAUGUUGAUGGUGAAGGACACUCAUGUUAGAAAGAUAAAUUAUGGAGUAUAUUCAUCUUGACUCCUUCCAUGUACCGGGAGGAGGUUUGAUGGGUGUUACCAAGUCAUUUUUACUCAAGUUAAUCAUAUUUUUUGUAAAAGGAUUUGUGUGAUCUAUGGGUAAUGUACCAUGAGUUUAUCUCUUCUCAGCA